CUUAAACUCUCAAUUUUUUUUUCUAAAUUAAGAAAGUUAAAAAGUAAAAAUAAAAAAAAUUCUUGAAUUCAAUAUUCCCCAAAAUAUCCUUCACUUUUUCACUCUCCCUUCUUCUUGUUCUUCAUUCCUCUUUCUCUCUCCUCACUCAAUCAGUCAUUCUCUCUCAACAAUCAACAAUGUCGCUCCUCUUCCGAGACAGGAGCUCACUUGGCGAUUCCAAACGCGAAACCACUCCACCACCACACCAACCACCCUCUCAACCACCGUCAUCUUCUCUCUCCUCUCCCUUCGCCGCCGACCUCACUUCCUCCCUCUCUCUCCUCGACCUCCGCUCCACCGCCUACGAAAUCUUCGUCGCCGCUUGCCGCACAUCCUCCGGCAAAACCCUAGCUUCCUCCUCCUCCUCCUCACCGACCUCCGCCGCAACAACCACCAAUGGCGGCGCAAACUCCGGCGGAAGUGGAAACUCCGGCGGAUUGCAGCGGUCGUUGACGUCGACGGCGGCGAGUAGAAUGAAGAAGGCGUUAGGGUUGAGAUCUUCCGGGGCGUCGAGUUUAGGGUUGAGGAGGAGUAGUAAUGGCGGUAGUCCUGGGUCUCAGGUUGGUGAGAGUAGCCCUAAGAGUAAGCCUUUGACUGUUGGUGAGCUUAUGAGAGUUCAGAUGAGAGUUUCUGAGACUGUUGAUUCUAGAAUUCGCCGAGCUUUUCUUAGGAUCGCUGCUUCUCAGCUUGGAAAACGUAUUGAUAACCUUGUUCUUCCACUUGAGCUGUUACAACAACUGAAGUCAUCAGACUUUACUGAUCAGCAAGAAUAUGAUGCAUGGCAAAAACGAAAUCUGAGGGUUCUUGAAGCUGGGCUUAUCUUACAUCCUUAUCAGCCAAUUGGUAAAGCUGAUGCUGCUGCCCAGCGACUGCAAAAGAUUAUUCGAGGAGCUUUAGAGAGGCCUAUAGAGACGGGAAAAAAUAAUGAAUCAAUGCAAGUUCUCCGCAGUGCUGUUGUGGCUUUGGCUUGCAGAGCUGCUGACGGAUUAUCGGACUCUUGUCACUGGGCUGAUGGGUUCCCUAUCAAUCUCUGUCUCUAUGAGAUGUUGCUGGAAGCAUGCUUUGAUAUUAAUGAUGAAUCAACGAUUAUUGAAGAGGUUGAUGAACUUAUGGAACUUAUCAAGAAAACCUGGCCUAUUCUUGGCAUCAACCAAAUGUUGCAUAACCUCUGUUUUACAUGGGUUCUAUUUAAUCGUUUUGUUGCUACUGGUCAAGUGGAAAAUGAACUCCUAUCUGCAGUUGAUGGUCAGCUAGAAGAAGUAGCAAAGGAUGCAAAGACAACAAAGGAUUCGGUAUACUCUAAGUUUCUGAGUGCAACAUUAACUUCAAUCUUGAGUUGUGUUGAAAGAAGACUGCUUGCAUAUCAUGACACGUUUGAUAGUGUAAAUAUUAAUACCAUGCCUCAUAUAGUUUCAAUUGGGAUAUCAGCUGCAAAAAUAUUAGUUGAAGAUAUAUCUCAUGAGUAUCGUAGAAAGAGGAAAGGCGAAGUUGAUGUGGCUCGUAGUAGAAUUGAUACAUACAUCCGGUCAUCACUUCGUACUGCAUUCGCUCAGAGGAUGGAGAAGGCAGAUUCAAGCCGGAGAGCAACAAAGAAUCAACCGAACCCUCUUCCGGUUCUUGUAAUCUUGGCCAAGGAUGUUGGUGAACUUGCUUCUCAUGAGAAGAAAGUAUUCAGUCCAAUAUUGAAGAGAUGGCAUCCUUUGGCUGCUGGUGUGGCAGUUGCUACCUUACAUGCUUGCUAUGGAAAUGAAUUGAAGCAGUUCAUUUCAAGCAUAUCAGAGUUGACACCUGAUGCUGUGCAAAUAUUGAGAGCAGCUGACAAGUUGGAGCAAGAUCUUGUGCAGACAGCAGUUGAGGAUUCAGUGGAUAGUGAUGAUGGUGGCAAAGGAAUUAUCCGUGAGAUGCCACCAUAUGAGGCUCAAGCUGCCAUAGCCAAUUUGGUCAAAGUUUGGAUGAAGAUGAGACUAGAUAAAAUGAAGGAAAGAAUUGACAGAAACAUACAACAAGAGGCUUGGAAUCCACGUGCUAGUCAAGAGGGACUUGCACCAUCAGCCAUUGAGGUACUGCGGGUCAUUGAUGAAAUUUUGGAUGCAUUCUUUCAGCUACCUAUUCCAAUGCAUCCAGCACUGCUCCCUGACUUAGUAGCUGGCCUUGACCGAUGCUUACAGUACUUUGUAAGCAAAGCAAAAUCUGGCUGUGGAACACGUAGUACAUUUCUGCCAACUAUGCCGGCUUUAACCAGGUGUCCAAUAGGGUCUAAAUUAGGUGUAUUUAAGAAAAAAGAUAAACCAGUAAAUUCUCAGAGAAAGAGCUCUCAAGUUGCCGUGAAUGGGGAUACUGCUUCUGGGGUGCCACAACUUUGUGUGCGUAUAAAUACCUUACACAAAAUUCGGGCAGAGUUGGAAGCUGUAGAGAAAAGAAUUAUCACACAUUUGAGGAAUUGUGAGUCUGCUCGUGAAGAAGAUUUUUCCAAUGGUACAGGGAAGAAGUUUGAGUUGACACCAGCAGCAUGCCUCGAAGCAAUCCAUCAACUUUCUGAGGCUGUAGGUUAUAAACUAGUCUUUCAUGAUCUAAGCCAUGUUCUAUGGGAUAAUUUAUAUAUUGGAGAUGCAUCGUCUUCUAGAAUUGAACCUUUUCUACAGGAGUUGGAGCAGAACUUAUUGGUCAUAUCAGACACUGUGAAUGAAAGAAUACGCACUCGGAUUAUUACUGACAUCAUGAAAGCAUCAUGUGAUGGAUUCUUGCUGGUUUUGCUUGCUGGAGGGCCCUAUCGUGCCUUUUCUCAGAAGGAUUCACAGAUCAUAGAGGAUGAUUUAAAAGCCCUUAAAGACCUUUUCUGGGCUAAUGGUGAUGGGUUGUCCACUGAUUUGAUUAACAAAUAUACAUCUACACCAAGAGAAGUCCUUCCUCUCUUUCGAACUGAUACAGAAUCUCUCAUUGAACGUUUUAGACAAGUGACUAUUGAAACUUAUGGUUCGUCUGCCAAAUCUAGAUUUGGGUUCCCGUUGCCUCCUACAUCAGGCCAAUGGAACCCUACUGAACCAAACACAUUAUUGCGUGUCCUGUGUCACAGGAAUGAUGAUGCUGCUUCAAAGUUCCUCAAAAGAACCUAUAAUCUGCCCAAGAAACUGUAGUUAAUUACACGGCUACCACUCUAUUGUCAAAUUUUGCUUCUGCAGAAUGGCCCCAUGGUUCUAGGUUGGUUAGCAAGCUUCAGUUGCUUGGUAAAGUUUUGUACAUCUUUUAACUAAACAGCGGUUAAACACAAAUGUGAACCUCGCCAGUCAAAAAGCUUCACGUAUUUGGAGCAGGAGGACUUCCGAAGCUCCUACAGGCUUGCAAUGGAUGAUUAUCACUAUAUGUAGACUAUUAUUGCCUUUUCUACGGUAAUUCAUCAUAUUACUAUUGUAUUUUUCCUCAGUUUGCAGGCAUUUGAUAGCUCUGUGCUGCGCAUUGUGGUGGUGUUUUCCUUGUUCCAGAUGCUUGGCUGCUUCUGGUAUGUGGCACAAGCACAGAAGGUUUGAUACGAUCUACCAGUGUUCAUACUGUCAUUUGUUAUAUGUAUGUAUUAUAGUCAUCUUUCAUUCUUUUAGUGUAAUUGAAAUAAUAAUUCUUUUAUAAAAAAUAUUCAUUAUUAUUUGCCCUACCAAAAUACCAUAUUGUUCUCUAAGAGC